UGUGGAGUAUGAAUAUGGUAUCAAAAUUCAAUAGAAUAUGUCGAUAUGUUGCGUAAUCUUUUCAUCGUUGCUAAUUGGACCCCAGUUGGUCAAAGAGUUAGGAGACUAGUUGAAGUCAUAUCUGAUUCAAGCAUCUCAUAGUUUAAUUAGUCUUCAAGUUAAUCCGAUAAAUUCGAAGUAUCUGAUAGACGAUCAAAUUUUUAAAGAUCGGCGUCAGCCUAACCUGUUGGAUUCAUACCAUGUUUACGUGAAUCAGUUAGUCCUUGUGUGUUGCCUGGGCAGCUGUGCAGAAGUUUUUGUAAUUCAACUUUGAAGAAUAGAAUUGGCGGCUGGAGUAAGACAGGGUAGAUAGUAUCAGCAGGCAUGGCUGGAAAUGAGAAUGGGCCUGUUCUGCAAUUUGCGGCCUUUCAAAGUUCUGUGGAUGAAGGCUUUUGGCAUGGAUUGUCUUCAUUGAAACUCAACAAGCUAAAAACUGACGAGUCACCAAUUUCAAUAACGGGCUUCUAUGCACCUUGCUCCAACCCUCAAGUGUCAAGCCAUCUAACUCUCCUUACUGAAUCCUUGCCUACUGAACCAAGUGAUGGUCUACCGACCGAAACAAGUCGUGGGAACAGAAACAAAUGUUCUGUGCCUGGCAUUCUUUACAAUACAAACACGUUAGAAGGGUAUCACUCCCUGGAUAAACAAGGGUUGUUAAAGGCUGAAGCAAAGAAGAUUUGGGAGGAUAUUAGAUCAGGAAAGGCAGAGGAGGACAGUUCUGUGCUUUUGAGGUUCCUUCUUAUAUCGUUUGCAGACCUCAAGAAAUUUAACUUUUAUUACUGGUUUGCAUUCCCUGCUCUGGUUCUUGACCCUCCAGCAACAUUAGUUAAUUUGAGGCCAGCAUCCCAAUGGUUCACCCUGCAAGAGGCUGAAUCUGUGUCGGCAUGUUGUAAUGAGUGGCGUAUGUCAAGUUUAACAGCAGAUGUGCCAUUCUUUUUGGUCUCCAUUUCUUCAAAUUCGCAUGCGACUAUUAGAUCUCUGAAGGACUUCAAAGCUUGUCAACAGGACGGUCAUAAGAUCCUAUUUGCUUUCUAUGAUCCCUGUCAUCUUCCAAACAAUCCUGGCUGGCCUCUACGCAACUUUCUGGCAUUUAUUUCUGCAAGAUGGAACAUUAAGAAGGUUCAGUUUUUAUGCUAUCGCGAGAACCAUGGCUUUGCUGAUUUGGGUUUGUCCCUCAUUGGUGAGGCUCUGGUACAACCUUCACAAGCAUGGCAAGAUCAACAGCAUGUGCCUAAUGCUGUUGGAUGGGAACUCAAUAAAGGGAAGAGAAUACCUAGAUGCAUUAACCUAUCUACUUCAAUGGAUCCAACUAGGAUGGCUGUAUCAGCUGCGGAUUUGAAUCUAAAGCUAAUGAGAUGGCGUGCCCUGCCGUCUUUGGACUUGAGUAUGUUAUCUAGCACCAAGUGUCUUUUGUUGGGAGCUGGGACUCUUGGAUGCCAGGUGGCUCGCAUGCUUAUGGCUUGGGGUGUACGGAAAAUAACGUUAGUUGAUAGUGGUAAGGUGGCCAUGUCAAAUCCAUUGCGGCAAUCCCUAUAUACAUUGGAAGACUGUCUCGAUGGUGGGGAUUUUAAAGCCUUAGCAGCAGCUAAAAGUCUCCGGAGAAUUUUUCCAGCAGUGGAAGCAGAAGGGGUGGUGAUGGCUAUACCUAUGCCUGGGCAUCCGGUACCUAGUCAAGAAGAGCACAACGUGCUUGAUGACUGCAGAAGUCUCCAUGAUUUGGUCGAGUCUCAUGAUGCCAUUUUUUUGUUGACUGAUACAAGGGAAAGUCGUUGGCUUCCAACUCUUUUAUGUUCAAAUGCUAAUAAGCUUACAAUUACUGCCGCAUUGGGGUUUGACAGUUUCUUGGUAAUGCGUCAUGGUGCUGGUCCGCUCACUGCAACUGAUGAAUCGAAAGCCGAACCUGUUAGUUCUUUAUCUGCCGGUGUUGAAGAAAUGUCAAUGACACAGGGAGAUAGCAAGAUGAGGCUGGGAUGUUACUUCUGCAACGAUGUUGUUGCCCCUGUGGAUUCAACGGCUAACCGCACUUUGGACCAGCAAUGCACGGUGACACGUCCUGGACUUGCUCCUAUUGCAUCGGCCCUUGCAGUCGAACUGUUGGUUGGGAUUUUGCAUCAUCCUCUUGGGAUAUCAGCAAAAGCUGAAUUUGGCAACUCUUUGGAUGGUGGAAACAGUGAGCAGCCUCUUGGUAUAUUACCCCAUCAAAUCCGAGGUGCCCUAUCGCAGUUCUCUCAGAUGAUACUUGUGGGACAUUCCUCGAAUAGCUGCACCGCCUGUUGCCCAAUUGUGGUUUCUGAGUAUCGGAAAAGGGGUCUAGAUUUCGUCCUACAAGCCAUCAAUCAUCCUACUUAUUUGGAGGAUCUCACCGGACUAACGGAACUGAUGAAAUCGGCUAACUCUUUCGAACUUGACUGGGAUAACGAGACUGAUAACGACGAUGAUUGUGUUGAAAUCUAAUUUUCUCGUGUAUUUUUUCAGUAUGAAGUAUAACUUAUCCGUGAAUAAUAAAUACAUGGUAGCUUAUUCAAUUUAGUUAAUUUCUGGAAAAUUACAAAUAUUGUUUAACAUAUAAAUAACCAAUUAAUUUUUUUAACCA